AUGCCUGUACCCAACAGUGACUCUCCUCAACGGCAAGAAGUUCUGCAGAGGUUAAUGAGCGCAGACCCUGUAAUGUACCUGCAGUUUCUGGAGCGUCAAGCUGAGAGAGAGGAGCGUCAGGCUGAGAGAGAGGCGGCGGAUCGCAGAGCAGAGAGGGAAUCGGCCCGUCGGCAUGAACUGGAGAUGGCUAAGCUCCAGCAUCAGAGACAGGGACCGAACCUCAGUUCCCUAGAGCACAGGGAAGUACCUUUGGCUGUGAGCCCUACAGCCAAAUUUCCAGUUAUGGACAAGGACAGUGAUAUCGAUACCUACCUGCUAUCCUUUGAGAAGAUAUGCAGGCAAUAUCACUUGCAUCAGAACCAAUGGCCCAACUAUUUGACCCCAGGACUGAGGGGAAAGGCUUUGGAUGCAUAUGUGGAAAUGCCACCUGAGCAAGACAACGAUUACGAAGCCUUAAAGGAUGCAAUCGUAAGGAAGUACCAGCUGACACCCGAGGUGUAUCGCAGACAGUUCAGAUCCCUGCAAAAGGGGCCUACAGACUCUUUUCUGGAUGUGGUAAGUCGCUUACGUACCAAAUUCAGGCAGUGGUCCCGGGGGCUGAAUAAAGUGUCUUACGAAGCCCUGGAAGACCUGAUCCAGGAUCAGCUCCUGUCCAUCUGCCCCACAGAAAUUAGGCAGUUUGUGCUGGAGCGAAAGCCAGAGUCUGCCACAGAGGCCGCUGAACUUGCAGAUACCUAUUCCCACACUCGGGUAUCUGACCAUCGCCGAGCUCCUCCUAGUGGCUGGAAACGAGGGAAUUCACUAACGGUAACACCUGCUACAGUGGUGAGUCAGCCUUCCCACAAUCCAGCAGCUGGAAUGUCGGGUGCCAAGCCAGUGUCAGUGGACAUCCGCAAGUGUUACAACUGCGGCAAGUCUGGACAUCUCAGGAACCAGUGUCCUGAGCAGAAGAAGAUGACAUCACCUGGCUAGCCGGUCAGCACCCCUUCUGUGUUGUUUGUCAACGAGACGCCGGGAGGUAACCAGACCAACUUACAGCCCGUUGUCAUCGGUAACCGGACUGUGACUGGCUUCCGAGACACUGGAGCAGAGGUUAAUCUAGUCCGUCCAGAGCUCAUCGAAGACAAAGACCUCAUCCCGGAAAAGUUUCUUACCCUCACCGGAGUUGGGGGCACUCGUUCCCAGGUGCCUCGGGCCCGGGUUUUCCUUGAUUGGGGGGCGGGAAGCGGGAUGAGAGAAGUGGGGGUCUCUGAUGAAAUUCCCACACCGGUUUUAUUGGGUGCAGACUUGGGAACCCUGAUUUCUUAUUAUGCACCUGCAGAAGACACCCUGGAUUCUUCCACCGGACUCUUUGGACACACCAAGGUACUGUGUACAGAUGCAGGGUUAACAUCUGGGCAUUUUGGGGGUGAACAGAGAGGGGAGGAGGGUGGGGUGGAAUUGGAAAGUUCUACACCUAGGGAUGGUGUGGAGACGGUCACACAGAAACGUGUAGUAGGUGCUUGUGUAACUGUUAAUGCUGGAAAUGUGAAUAAUAAAAUGGUCAAUGUUCAUUCUGAAAAUGUUAAUGUUAAAUGUGAUGACAAUAACACAUUGCCAGUAUUUGCUGUCACUCGUAGUGCUGCAAAGGUGGCGGAGGCACAGACGCGGGCCUCAGAGCAGAGAGAGGGGGCUCCCAACUCUUCUCCUUGUUCUGACCCAGCGGGCUCAGCCAACGGCGAUCCCCAACCGUUGUCUCUGUUUGCCACAGGACAGCUGGCUGGGACUUGCAGUGCCACCUUUGAGACAGCUCUGCAGACUGACACAACACUGGAACAGCUCAGAAGUCUGGCUGCACAACCCCCUGCUAAGGGAGACCAGUAUCAGAUUUCCUGGGACAAUGGGAAGCUUUACAGGCAGCCCAUACACACAGAAGGAGAUGAGUCAGCCCUGAGCAGGAGACAGCUCAUUGUGCCUAAACAGUUUAGGGGACACUUAUUGAAAGUGGCACAUGAAGUUCCCCUAGCCGGGCACUUAGGGGUCACUAAGACCAAGGAUCGAAUAAUUUUUUUCUGGCCUACCAUGUACAGGGACAUAGCUGACUACUGUCGGUCCUGUGCUACCUGCCAGCGGGUUGGCAAGGCAGGAGAUGUGCACAAUGCCCCACUACAACCUUUGCCUGUAAUUGAUGAACCUUUUAAGAGGGUAGCGGUGGAUCUUAUUGGGCCACUAGCUAUUCCUAGCAGUUCGGGCAAACGUUAUAUCCUGACAGUAGUGGACUAUGCUACCCGGUACCCAGAAGCUGAGGCUCUCUCUUCUGUCCAUGCGGACAAAGUGGCUGAUGCUUUGCUGGGGAUCUUCACCCGCGUGGGGUUCCCAGCUGAGCUUAUUAGCGAUUGUGGAGGGCGGUUUGUGUCUGAACUGAUGCAGGCUCUCUGUCAGAAAGUGCAAAUGACGCAUAUCAUGGCCAGUCCCUACCAUCCACAAACCAAUGGUCUUUGCGAGCGUUUUAACGGUACCCUGAAACAGAUGCUGCGCACAUUUGUGGAAUCGCAGGUAAAGGACUGGGAACGGUAUUUGCCUCAUUUGUUGUUUGCAUACAGAGAGGUGCCUCAGGAGUCCACAGGCUUUUCGCCAUUUGAACUGUUGUACGGGCGGCGGGUGAGAGGGCCCUUAGACCUAAUCCGUGAGGCCUGGGAGGGCAAAAUUGCUGAUCCUGAGACUUCAGUGGUGGAUUACAUCCUAAGGUUUCGAGACAAAAUGGAGACCAUGGUGGGACUGAACAAAUUACAAGCUGCCUGGGAGGGGCCGUACCAGAUCACCAAACAUCUGAAUGACGUCACCUACUUGAGACAUCAGCUGCAAGAAGUGCUAACAAUGUACCGUGAUCGGUUCACAGGGAAACCAGGGAGGACACCCUUUGCUGUCCACCAGGUGGACACGGGAGUGCAUGCUCCCAUCAAACAGUCCGCCUAUCGAGUCUCCAUAGAGGUGCAGGCAGACAUAAAAAGGGAAAUGGAGGAAAUUCUGCAGCUGGGGGUCAUUCAGAAGUCCCACAGUGCCUGGGCGUCGCCUGUAGUCCUGGUCCCCAAAAAUGAUCAGACGACCAGGUUCUGCGUGGACUACUGA